AUGUCUGCCAUUGCUGUCGCUGGUGGUCUUGGCGACCUCGGGCGUCUCAUUGUUGAUGCUCUUUAUGAGACUGGCAAAUAUGAAGUGUACAUCAUGUCUCGAAAGAGCGAUUACAAAUCAGAGACCGAAGUCGCCGAGCUCCUGGUAAAGCAUAACAUACAUACCGUUAUUUGCACAUUUGCUCUGGAUUUCCAAGCGGCCAGUGACUCUCAGAUCACACUCAUCCGAGCUGCUGAGCAAGCUUCCUCCGUAAAGCGCUUCAUCCCGUCCGAAUUCAAUGUCGACUAUGACCUCGGAGACGACGUUCUCCCUUACCAAGAUAAGAAAUACCACGCAGUGGGGAGACGAGAGCUGGAAAAGACCAGUCUCGAAUUUUCAUACAUAUAUCCCGGCAUGUUCAUGGACUAUUUCGGGAUGCCCAAUAUUACCACCCAUCUUCGAGAGUUGUUCGUCGUCAUUGAUCCCACCAACGGCGUUGCAUACGUGCCCGGCGACGGAAAUGCCAAGAUGGCCAUGUCGUUUACCAAGGAUGUCGCCCAAUACGUAGCUCUUGCUAUGGGGCUGGACAAGUGGCCCCAGGUCAUGACGACAGUAUCGAGCAUGAUGACUCUGAACGAGAUAGUCGCUUUGACCGAGAAAAACUUGGGUCGCAAGUUGAAGGUCACACACCAGUCGGUUUCCUCCCUGCUUAAGCACGAAUCCAUGACCCUGCCAGGGAACCUUUCUGUUGCUGAGCAGUUUCCGGGAGGAGUGGACCAGAUCACAGAGUUGACGGCAGACCUGGAGGCUUCGAUAGCGCUCGGCGCAUACGACUUUGAUAAGCUUCCAAGUCACCUCAAUUUGGUUGACCAUUUUGCUGGAAAAACAAAGCCACCGAUGAAGGUUGAAGAUAUUCUCGAGAUGGCUUGGAAGGGACGCUGA